ACUUUAAAAUGUUCCAAUCAAUAUUUUUACAGUAAAUCAUGCUGUAUAGUAAAUGUAUAAAACUAAAAGAAAAAUUGUGUCACAGUUGACAAUUGGAUAUAAUACGGAUUAUCCUCAGUCAAUUUAAAAGCAUGCUGGGCGGUGUAGCAGGUCGACACAUGUCGAAUCGUCGACGUGGUUCAUCACCAAUGGUGCGCUUGAGCGGCACUGUAGUAAAUGCUGGCAGCAUAGAUGGCAGCAUUGGUGGUGAGGGUGGUAGUGGAGGUAUGAAUUCUCCGUAUAUACCGAAAAUACCACCCAGACGUCGACGAGCCGUUACUACUAGUGAUCACAAAAGUUGUGCUCUUAUACAAACUAGACUGAAAUUGGGGGAUAUCAUGUGA